AUGGCAAAUCCUGAUGGCCACAAUGGUUAUAGUAACGGAGAGAAACCCAUGGACGAUGAUCUCAAGGAGGCCCUUAGAGUUAUGGCACCUGAAAUGUUGAGAGAGGACCAAGCACGAGCACGCUUGAAGGCUAAGUUCAACUAUGCAAUCGGAAGAAGCAAAUAUUUUCAGUUGUUGAAGAAGUUCUAUAUUCCGACCGCCUGUAAAAACUCGAAAGCCAUGCCACCAGAGGUCAUCAAAACAGUCAUUAUUGAAAAGCUUGAUGACGACAUCUCGGGAAGAAGUGGCCCGAACACCAUCCAAAACAGGCUGUCUCGAGAUCACGUCCCUCUUCCACGUGACACGAUCCGGGCAGUCAUGAAGGAAGUGCAGGAGCCCGGAGCAGCCCGUGGACGAAUGCCAGGUUAUGGGCAGCCCAAGAUUGCGCGCGGACACUUGCUUGUUAUCGGACCCUUUCAAGAAAUUCAUACCGAUGGUUUCGAGAAGUUUGCUCGUCAAGCCCUGCAAAUGGGAGCUAUUAGCAUUGGGGUAUAUGGCUUCCGAGAUCAUAUAGGCUUUAUACAUAUGAUGAAGGCUGUCCCUGAUGCACGGGAUGGAGCUGCAGUGGGCCACCUGCAUCUAGACAUGAUUGUGGCUGCAGGACAUAGGGCAGCAGUUCAAAUGACGUAUGAUCUUGGACAUGAAACAAAGGAGAUGAGAAGGCAGCAGCACACAAUCAGGGAACAGUGCUCUAGUCUCGAUCCAAAUGAGGUACCUGUUGUCUGGGAGACUAAGAGUACUCACAAUAUUGUGAUCGAAAGUACCUGGAAAUGGCUACGGCAGUAUAUUGGAAAAGGUAUCCGUGAGAUUAUAGAGGAGGGCAAGACAAACGGUUUAUUCUGUCAAUCAAACCCAAACCAUGUUGAUCUCUUCCACUGGCUCUUUCCUAAACUGAUUCAAUCAUCUCUUGAUGAUUUUGUUGCCUACUGGAAUUCACAUAAAGUGCGGAGGCAGACGAACUCACCAUUGCCUAGUGGUGUAACACCUAGACAUGUGAUGGAAUGCCCAGAGGAGUUUGGCCUUGUCAGUGGUGCUAUCAAUGUCCCAGUGGAGUUGAUAGCAGAGUUGCGUGCACAACUGCCCCCACAUGAUGAAGUUUUCCAAUGGGUGGAUAAUGACUUUGAUGCCAUAGCAGAUGUGGCAUUUAGAGUCACUGGAAGUCCCUCUCUUGUUGGUCCAAAAGCAAUGAGAAAUGCAUGGACCAUCUUUGGUCAAAUGGCAGAGGUUAUUGCACAGUUGCAUUGUGAGCUUCAGGAAUAA